CUGCUCCGGCGCAAGUUUCAGCUCUCGCGGAGUUUUGAGGGCAUUCGAACAACAGUGGUAGCAGUUAACAUUAUGGAUCGCAUCCGAGGCUGGUUCGGCGGCAAGCGCGGCGUCGACACCGAGGCGCCCACGCCGCCGCCCAAGCGCAAGGCCAAGGAGGCACCCAAGCCGGCGGAGCGGCACAACACGUUAGCCGCGUGCGUCGCCAAGGGGCCCGACGCCUACACCGUAACAUUAGAAAACGGCACCAUCGGCGGCGUCGGCGAGAAGGGCGGUCUGUCGGACGAGAAGCUGCGGCAAGAAGCGACCCGCUCGCGCGACGCGCCGGUGCCCACGACAAAAAGUCCGGUAGUCGACGCGAGCUGGGAGCAGCAGCCGCGCGUGCUGAACCCGGCCCUGCUCGGAGAAGGCCUGCCGGUCCCGGAGGGCACGUUCGCCGGCAAGAAAUGGUACGAAAAUCGCUGGUUGCCGUGGCAGUGGACCAUCUACCUCCAAAUGAUGUACUGGGUGCAAAAGGCGCGCGGUGUCGUGCCCCAGUGCUGUUUAUGUUUGGGCUUCAUUAGCUUUUGUACUGCGGACGCGCUGGUGCGGUCGGUGCUUCGCUGCGCCUUUGGGACGCCGUUUCUAUCUAACAAUAGCGUCGUGCGGGUGGCUUGCCGGUGUCCCGCGCAACCGCCCGACGCGCCCAUCACGCCGCCGCGCGCAGGUCGACCGUAGGUUGAUGGAAGCGGCCGCAGAUCGGGCCUGGGAGAUGCGAAAGAAGUUUGAUUUGAGGCCGGGCGUUAUUGUUAAUGUUACUACUCCGGAGACGGCGGAAAAAGGCGUGUGGGUGGGGGAAGGUGGUGCGGGCAAGGCCGAUUGCUACUCCUCUUAUUGCACGGGCGAGGCCAAGCAUACCCGCAAUCACCUUAAAAGUCUACAAUCGAAGGGCCUCGGCGGCAUGGUUUAUACCGACCUCAUUGCGUCUCUGCAACGCGAAGGGGGCACUGAUGAAAAGUCAGCGCGCUUUGGCAAUUUCGUCAAAGAGUGCGGCGCCUCGGAGAUCUUCUGCGCCGACGACGUUGAUGCAGAAGAUGUUAGCUUAGCUUUGUGCGACGAUGGAGCUGCCGGCGACGACGGUGUGGUCCAGCUCGUCCUGCCCGUGUGGUGUUCAGCGGCCGGCAUGGAGGUCACGAUGCGACUCACGACCUGCGAGACGGCGGCGUCCUCCUAUUUCACUUGUUUUUGUCGACAUUUUUGUGAUAGGUCGCGGGCUGGCCGACACGGUCGAGGAGCCGGACGCGGAGUACUGCGAAAGGAUGUGCGCGGCCGUCGACGAUAUGAUUGGGGGACGGGGGAGUCUCGCAGAUAGGUACCGUCGGACGGGCCUGAUCUACAACGAGAAAGAUCCCUCAUCUAACGGCGAGCUUUCUUGGAUUCUUGCCGCCUCCUAUAGCUCGAAGAAGGACAUGGGAGCAUAUGUUAUCGCCUUAAAUAGGGCGCGGAACGGUUCACGAGCGCUGGUCGAGCAGACGAACGCGGCGUUGGAGGAGGUCGCCGCGGUGCAGGGCACCAAUCUAGAGGCGCUGCGGGCCGACGCCCGCAAGAGAGAGAUAGUAGUGAAGGAGGUGCGGCGCGUCGGCUUUGGCAACGUACCGAAGCAGGCCGGCUUCGGCAAAGAUUUGAAAAGGGGCUUCAAGCGCUUCCUCGGGGAUGUGACGAAGCGGCUGCGGUUGACUGGGUGCAUGGGGUCCGCCAACACGACGGCCCACCAUCCUCAGAUCUUCACGGGGACCGCGGGGACCGCGCCGAUGCCCCCGGCGGGGCCGCCGCCGGGAUACGCGCUUCCGCCCGCGCCUGCCGCGGCGCCCGCGCCCGCGGCGCCUCAGACGCCGGGUCCGGGGGGUCCGCGGCGCUUCUCCACGCCGAUGGGGCAGGACGCGGUCGACAACCAGCGGGGCCCGCCGCGGAACGCUCCGCCGUCGGCGCAGCGCAGCGCGUUCCAGACGCCGUAGUAGGCCGCUGAGAGAUCGCCUGGGGCGUCGCCCUGUUGUAGUUAACUACUGUAAGCUCA